CGUGUUUCCCUUUCUCAUGUCUUAGUUGCACCCCACUGCUUGUGAUAUAAAUGCAAUUUCUGAACUUGAGAAGUGAAACUUUUCACUAUUUUCACUAUUAACCACGGCUUUACCGCUUAAUGCAGUGAAUGACGAAACUAACAACAAAUAUCGCACAAAAGGCCGAAAACACCCAACAGUCAAAAGACUCAGCCAGUAACAUAUAUGCACGACCUUCUCGACCGUUAUGAGAUACCAGUUAUGGAAACAUCAAGGUUGAAACUGAGAUUUAAACUGAAUCUUAUUGUAGCAGAUAGUGAAAAUAUGGGUAUCGGUAUAAAUGGGGAUUUGCCCUGGAGAUUAAGGAUUCUGGGGCCAAAUGUGCUGGUGUGUAGCUCAUUGGAAACUGCUCUUCAGAGACUGCAGGAGCCCCCACUUGCAGAAAGUGUCGAGUCAGCAUGGAUUAUAGGGGGAAGUUCAGUAUACAAGGAAGCAAUGGCUUUACCUCAGUGCUCCCGUAUUUACCUGACAGAAAUCUUCAAGACUUUCAAAGGUGAUAUG